ACAGAAAGAGAGAGAAGGAGGCAAAGGAAUAUUCACCCAAUCAGAAGCGGUCUGAACACUUGUCAGAGAAGAGGGUUUUGGUUUUUUUGUGUGUCUUUUUUAGGAUAGUGUGUUUGUCUCAUACCGUUUUGAUCCAUUUUGUGGGCCCGGGUGGUGCUGGUGGAGCGCACAGCGGGGGGCACAUUGUCUGUAUGCAAACUGGACGACAUGGCUAUUGUAUGCGUUUGGACAUAUAUGGAGGCACCGAUGGCUCGGAGGAUACAGCCCGUCUGAAGUCUCAGGAGUGGAGAUUCGCCCUCGGCUGUGUUGUGUUUCUCUCAUCCGACUUUCUCCUCUUAUUAACCGCUCUGGUCCGUCGCUAUGAGUUGCCUGGAUGUGAUGUACCACCAAAGCUAUGGAGCGCACUACCUCCCUGCAGCUGCGUACAAGGCGACUUACUAUAACCACCAUCACCAGCAACAACAGAGGAAGCUGAGUGUUUACAGUAAGAUGCAGGAGUGUAUGGAGCAGCAGCAGCAAGGAGAAGGAAGAGGGAUGCUUUCCAGGGAUCAGGGCCUCCGACAGGGCCCCACAGCACCAGGAACCGAAUCAGGCCGUAGAUCUACGUCCAGUUCAGAGCUGAAGGAUGGUACUCAACCAGCAGAGGCAGAGUACUUGAGCUCCCGGUGUGUUUUGUUCACCUACUUCCAAGGCGAUAUCAGUGACGUGGUAGAUGAGCACUUCUCCCGGGCUCUCAGUCAGUCCAGCAGCUUCAACAGCGAAACCAAACCAAUCAGAGUGACUCAGCCAGCUGUUGGCUCAUGGAAAGAUGGUGGGUCUCUCUCUGAGGGUCCGAGCAGCUCAGUGUGGAACAGCACCUAUCCAUCCCAGGCCAGUUCUUGCCUCCCAUCAGUCUCUGUCUCAGUCCACCCAGACUUCUCCUCCAGCCCUGUUUCCUUCAGCCACCCCGAUGGAGCUCUGUGGGCCGACCACAUGCUCUCUCAGGCCAGCCUCCCGCCUGCGGCUACACUCCCCGAUAGCUGGACCUACAGCCUGAACCCCCAGAGCACAAGUGGCUACCCCAGUGUCCACAACGUCUACCAUCCUCACCCCCACCCCCACAUCCACACCCGGCAUCACCACCCCAUGCUCCAUUCAUACCCGACCCACAGCCCAGCAUUGGAUCCCAGGUUUAAUCCUCUGCUGCUGCCUGGUAUUAGGAACCAGAACCAGCCGACCACCAGCACGGAUAGUUCCCCACACAGCGAGGGGGUGAAGACGGAGAUGGACCCCAGCAGCAACAGCCCCAUCACGGCUACCUCUGUCACCUGGACCCCCUCGGCCCUCCAUGGAUCCCUGGAGGUGUAUGACUCAGCUCUUGAUCAGACCAAAGCAAAGACGUCAGUCUGGUUCUAACUGAUGUACUGAGAAUAAAAAGGAAUAUCAAUUCACACCAAAAAGGACCGACUAUAUGGCUCUAUCAAUGUAUGGCUGCAACACCAGCACUGUAAUGUACAAUGUAGAUGUCUUACUGUAGCUCCUGCACUGCCCACCAACUUACUGUGGAGAUGAACUCAGGCUUUGGACUUAAAUGAAAUGCUUUGGCUACAAACCCCUUGAAGAACGAUAUAAACAGACUACUAGAUGUGGGACUGGGAGGCCUCUUCUUCUCUGUCGGCACUAAACACCAUUUCUUUUUCAUGCAAUGUGAGACCAAGUGGUUCUGUUUCAAGAGCUUGAUUUUUGAUCCACAUUUUGUUUUGUACAGUAAAUGUUUGUUGAUGACUGUAAAUGUUUUCUUUGUGUACAGUUUUGCCAUGCUAAGUUGCUGUUUGCUGGAUGACUUCUGCUAUUUUUGGCCUGAAUGCUACUUUACUAUUUUGCCUUUGGAGAUUGUGUAAUGUAAAUAUUGGCACUGUAUGUUUAAGUAAUAAAUUGUUGAACUGUA